GCAUAAAAUGGAAGAUGUAGACAUGUACGGCAGAGCGUUUCGUUUGUGAUUAAUCUUUCAAUUUUUAGUUAAAUUUCUGGACAAUGCUUGAUAUUUGUCGAGUUUGCAAUAUUUCUGAGAUGUGAUGUUAUGAAUAAUUUCCACUUGCUUAGUGAAUUCAUUUGGUGAAGUGCAAUCGUAGCUCAAACAGUGAACUGAUCUUUCUUCAUUCCAAUCCGUCCAGUUGUUUCUUUUGUGAAGUGCAAAAUUAUGUCUUGAUCGGAAAAACCAGUUGUGUCGCGUCGCAAAACUUCAAGAUCAGAAUGUCUUCUUCGUCCAAGGGUAAAUCUUCGGGCGGUCUGCGGAUUCUGUGGAUUCCGGGCAGAAAGAAGCACAAUCGCAAGGGCGUUUACAACCCAACCAAGAGUGGCAUCCCGCAGUACCAGGCCAAUCAGCAACGUAAAACGGAACCCUGGUCGCUGGGAGGAACCAUGAACCACACCAAGAUUAUCAACGCGAGAUUCUUUUUCAGGGAUCUGCACGACAACUUGGACGUGGGCAUGGCUACAGCUUCCGGAGCGAUGAGCCUUGCCGCGAUGGCCUCCAACAGUAAAACGAUAGUGACCACCAUGCCGGAGGGGGAAUGCAGUGGUGCCAGCAGCUCGACAGUCGAUCCAGCUACGGCAACGGCAGAAACGGCUUCCUGUAGUGGCGAGAGAAUCGAGCUCGUCGUACUCAACGAUCUGAACGGUGAUAUAAAUAAGCGAGACAUUCCAACGGGCAACCAGUUCGACCAGCUGGAGCUGAUAGACGAGUGCGACGAAAAGGAUCGAAACUAUUCAAACGCGGAAUCGUCCUCUUCGCUGCUGUCCUCCAAGGACAACGAUAGCCACAGACAAAUGGACGACUACAUGCACAACUCGGCCACGCUGGCAAUCGGAGAAGCUCGUCGGCGGCGGCGUCGCAACAGUUACAACAAUUCCAAGAAAAAUAGCUGUGAGAACCUCGAUUCGAUAGACCAUUUGAACGAUCAAAACGAGAGCGACGUGGACGAUGCCGGAGAUUCGGUUGACGCGGUCAAAAUCAACGGUGCACGAUCGGCUAACGAGCCCCGACUGGACACGUUCCGGGCCCAGCAAAAGAAGGGGAAGAACAAAAAGAAGGACAAGAAGAAAACCGUGCCCGAUGAGGAGCUACGAAAUAAGGACGACAAACUGGUCACGUGUUUGUACUAUUCGCUCGUUUGCUGGGAUUGCUCUAUCUCAUAAGAAGUUAAAUACGAAUUUAGCGUAAGAUGCGCACAAGCAGCUAUUUCUAAAAGACUACUACUUAACUGUUACACAUUUGUUUUUUUUUACAUAAACCGAAUAUAUUUAAAAAAUACGGUACAGUAUUUAACCAGCAUAUACUGAUACUGAACUUUUACUUUGGGAAACAAUAAAAUAGCAUUUUAAAAAUUAUAAAAAAA